CCUCCUUCACCUUCUUACCCUUUUCCAACCUCUCUUUUCUAUAUCCGUGGCGCAUCUCACCUUAUAUCUAAGUCUGGGCAUCCCACACCGGCAUGUCGUACGAAGGGAUACGGCCGAGAGACUCUGCCGCCGCCUUCAUGGAGCGACAACCCCGUCGGCGUCGCAGGCCGGCGCUCUCGUGCCUCGAGUGCCGGCGCCGCAAGAUCAAAUGCGACCGGAGCGACCCGUGUGCGCACUGCGUCUCUGCCCGGUCGCAAUGUACCUACAGAAUCUAUGGCAAUGAUACUGGCGCUCAGAAACAGCCGCGGACCCAUCACGGCAGCCCGCGGCGCUCGACAUCCACCCCGUCAGCCUACGCGCCCUCACCUUUGGCUCAGGCUGGCCCGGUCAGCAUCGGCGGGCCAAUCCCGGGACAUGGAACCCCCGGGUCGUGGCCCCCGGUCGCCGCCAUGGCAGCGGCUGCAGUCGCCCCAGAACAACAGGGCACUCUGGAUGCCUUUGGUCGCGAUGAUGUUCAACCGCCCAACCGCGUUUCGAAUUCGGAGCCGAGUAUCCUCGAGAUUCUCCAGCGGCUAGAGAAGCUCGAGGGGUCUUCGCCGGCUAGUUCCAGCUCCAUCCACGGGCUAUCUGAGACUGGCCGCCACAUACUGGCGCGUCAGACUGGUGUGCAGAGCUCGCAGGUCAUCAUGAACAAAACGAGAACCUUGAGAUGGAGUCAUUGGAUGGGCACCGCUCAAGAGUUUGAGACCAUCGUUAACUGCAUCACGGCGGCAACCAAGAGUGCUAAGGUGGAUUCAUUUCAGGCCCCCGAGGCCCAGGCGGUGUGUGCCGAGAUAGCCGACCUUCUCCAAAAAUGCAAAAACAUAGCUAGAGGCAUCAAACUAAGUCGGCCUAGCCGAUGGCUUUCGUACCCGGUAGAACUGGCUCCCCCUUCUCGCGACGUGGCUGACGCCAUGGCGGCUCUCUAUUUCAGAUCGUUCGAGUCGACGCAUCGGAUACUCCACAUUCCCACCUUUUGGACUGAGUACCGCCGAUAUUGGGAAGCUCCGGAAAGCGUCUCCAAUGGCCUGCGCCUGAAGGUCCUUCUGGUGGUCGCGAUAGGGUCGAGUUUAAGCAGCCAUGGGGACGCGGCCACUGGGCUUCGCAACCUGGUCCGUCAGUGGGUGUAUGCUGCGGAGAUGUGGCUCUCAGGGCCUUUGGAAAAAGACCGCCUCGAAAUCGACGGCAUACAAAUCCACUGUCUGACGAUCCUGGCGCGGCAAUUGUUUUCGAUAGGCGGGGACUUGGUAUGGGUGUCGAUGGGCUCCCUCAUCCACAAAGCGAUGCAGAUGGGCUUAAAUCGCGACCCCAAGCACCUCCCGCCCAUGCCUAUCUUACAGGCUGAGCGUCGCAGAAGGCUGUGGGCGACAAUACUGGAAUUGACUGUCCAGUCAUCCUUGGAUUCGGCGAUGCCACCUAGAAUCUCAUUUCAAGAUUUCGACACCGAGGCCCCCUCCAACUGCAACGAUGAUGAGAUAGACGAGUCGACCACAACGCUUCAGCCUCACCCUAAAGAUACCUAUACCGCAACCUCGAUACAGCUUCUCCUCCUCAAUUCCCUCCCCAUCCGCCUCCGAAUCCUCCACCUCCUAAACGACCUACGGUCCGAACUUUCUUAUUUGGAUGUCCUUUCUUUGAGUUCGGAAGUCACCGAGGCAUACCGUACCUGUGCAAUCUUCAUGAAUGAUCACGAACAGUCGGGAGUCACUCCAUUCCACAGAAACCUGAUCGACUAUCUCGUCCGUCGGUUCCUCAUCCCCUUGCACUGCCCCUUCGCCAGCCAAGCGCGUUCAAACCCGUUAUUCUAUUACUCGCUUAAGACAAGCAUGGAUGCAUCCUUGGCCAUCAUCUCACCGGAGCGAGAUGGGGCCUUUGCUCACCUUAUGGCCAUCGGCGGAGGUCUGUUUAGGGAGGGGAUCCGGUACGCCCUAGCCGUGAUCAGUUACGAGCUCAUCGCCCAGACUCAGGCCCAAAGCCGAGAUGGCACGCUCCACCGCGACCCUCACUAUAGGGAGCUCCUCAAGAGCUCUAUGAAAGACAUGAUUGCUUUGUCGUUGGAGCGCAUUCAAGAAGGAGAAACGAACAUCAAGAGUCACAUGUUCCUCAGCAUGAUUAUGGCCCAGGUCGAGUCGAUAGAACAGGGCUUACCGCGCGACGUAUUUGAGCUCAGGAUUGCGCAGAGGGGGAGAGACAGCCUCGAACUAUGCCACGAAAUACUUGGAAGACAGUUGAGCAAUGUCCCCUCGCCGUCUACCAGUAAUGCGGGACUCACGCCACUUAACGUCAACAGUAAUGGCCAGGAUGGCUUCGGAUUCGAUUUCGACAUUGAGUUUUUCUUACCGGAGGGGGAUCUUUUGUAGAAUGCUGUCCCCAGUUCAACUAACACGUGCUUAAUUGCUAGUCGGAAGUAAAGGACGCUGGUACGGCCCUUUGCCCUCUCGGCAUCUCACUGCAUUAAUACGCUCGGCGUCAAGCCGACCACUCCUCCCUGUCUCCUCGUCUUCGCGAACCAUGCCGUCUGCCAACGAAGGAAAAAAGGAUCAUAUCGCGCGCGAAACCAAACCAAAUUUAUUCUAUAGCGCAUC